AUCGUUUUUUACAUAUAACAGAUUACGUGCGUUGGCAUCUUUAACACAGUAAGACUUAAGUUGAAUCUUAACCUCUCGUAAUUUGGAACGCCACUUUAUUUACAUUUUUCACAGUGAAGAAAAAUACGGGAAAAAUCAGUAAAAAACAUGGCAGCAGGCAUACCAAAAUCCCAAAUUUUAUCGCUUUACAAAGCACUUAUGAAAGAAACUAAUAAAUUUAAAAAUUACAGCUUCAGAUGCUAUGCUUUAAGGAGAGUAAGAGAUGCUUUCCAGGAAAACAAAUCAUUAUCAGACCCAAAAUUAAUAAAGAAAGAAUUUCAAUACGGUAAACAGAAUCUAGAAAUUAUCAAACGUCAGGUGGUAAUCGGUGACAUGUACAGAACUGAGAAACUUGUAAUUGAGAAUAAACAUUAGACAUCAAUGGUACGAGAUAGAAGACCCUACGAAUUGAAUUACAUUACAUCUCAUUAGUACUGUGAUAGUGACCAGAUAUUAUAUAAUAACAUUCUUGUAAUAAAGAACAAACAUAUUUGCUGUUACUCUGCUUAACAAUUAAUUAGUUCAUUGUUUUUAUUCUUCAUACAACUAGACUUUAUAUUGCUUAAUAACUUUGCAAAUAAAUAAUGUGCAAAAUUCCACAAUAUCUUUAUAAAUUUAAAAGUACAGUGAUUUAUUUUUAAUUCUGGUAUUAUUCCAAUUUCCAUUACAUACAAAUCCAUAUAAAAUAAAGAAUAAUGUAUUCAUAUUUUACAAAUCCAAAAUGUUACUUAGUGAUAAUUUUUUGGCAUCCUAUUAUUUUCUUUGCAUUAUUACAUUCAAUUAAAAAAAAACACUUGUCAAAUCUUAAUGCUAGGUUUUUAUAUAGUAUCAAAUUAAAUAAAUGUAAAACAAACUACCACAUAUACUUGAAGUGCUCGUCAAAUGCAACAUUAGAAAAUUAUAUUUUAUAGUUUUGAGUAAGUAGAUAUAUCGUUUUAUACACUGCCUUUAAUAAUUUAACAGAGAAUAGUUCAUAAAGUUAAAUUUUAAUAUACAAAUCUAGUUGUCACAAUUACAUCCAUGAACAAUAUGAUAUAACUAUGUUAUUAUUUCUAGUCUUCCUUUGUUUCAUUAUAACAGAUACAUAUAUGCCAGUUAUAGUAUUCAUAUCAUUACAAACAUACCGAGUCUCAACAUUCUAGUGUUAUUCUGGUUGUUACCGCCCUAACAAUCCAUUGGCAAGAUAGAUUAGUGGUUUUUUUAUUGUAGCAUGACUAAUAUCUCAAAAUAUUCUGCCAAUGACACAACAACAAUUACAUAUUUCAUGGUAAUUAUAAAACAAUUAUAGUUCCGUGGAUCUCUUUACUUUAAUAAGGUUGGAAUGUGGGUUUCUGUGUCUGUACAUAAAUUAAAACACUAUCUAAUGUUCAUUGACUAAGCUUAUCUGCAUUUGUUUACAAUAUUAGUAAUUAAAUUUAAGCUUUUUUUCUUAGAAUACAUGUAAUAUAGUUUAAAAAUCAACUGCAGUGGAAUUAAAUUGUAUUAUAUUUUGCAUUUUUGAUUGUAAAUAAUGUAUUGAUUGAUUUGUUGUUAUGUUUUGAAUAAAUAGUAUUAAAAUUAGA